CAGUGCAGUCGAUGACCGUACUCGAACGUCUCUCCCUGCAAUAAGUUGUGCACCGGGGUCAGGUUCCCCGUCUUCCUCUCUGCUGUCAGAUCUCUCAUCGCUUUCCCAUGGCGGUGGCCUCCUCCUUGCCGCCGUCAUCACUUGCGCUCUCGCUAGUUUCUGUCGUCGUCCUCCUUUCGACUGCGGAUCUCGCUUUCUCUUUGAUUCCACCGUCAAGCUCGCCCUCUCCCUCGCCGGUUCCAGGAGGUCCGCUCCGAUCGUCUCCCGCACCCUCGCCGGACUCCCCUCCCUCGCCAUCGCCAUCGCCGUCGCCCGAGAACCUUCUCUCUCCACUGGUGCCGGCGCUGCCGCCGGAGGUGCCUUCGCCCGCUCCGACCCCAUCCGCGACGCCGUCGCCAGCACCGGUGCCGAGCCACGAGGAGAUCCAGUCCGGGGAGGUCGCCGACCAAGCGGGCCGUGACGGAGAAGGGGGAGGGAUGAGCGGGGAGAAGAAGGCGGGGAUCGCAGUGGGGGUGGUACUGGGGGUGGCGGUGCUCGCGGGCGGUGCUGUGCUGUACAAGAAGCGGCAGGACAACAUCCGGCGGUCCAGGUGAAUAAAAAGGGAUGGAGUUAAGAGGAGCCACUGUAACUGUUUCACAUUACCUCCUGAUGUGAAUGAUGAAGUCUUGGCAUGGCCAUGUUUGGUGGGUUCUAUUUAUAUGAUUCAUAUCCAUCAAUAGGUGAUAACUGGUUGUCUCCAUUAUGAAUAGGUAGCUUCAUUUUACGUCAUUCAAAAUCAAAUUUAGUUGGGUGUCAGUUGCAUUAACCACACCCAUACCAAAAACUAUGCUACAAAUCAGAUCCAUUAAUAGCAGCAUUCUACAACUUGAAAGCAAAUGGGUCAAAGAAGAACAAGUUUUGUGCAUCCCUUUCACAUUAUGUCUAUGUAGUUUCUUAUUAACAUUUUAUAUGUUAGGUGUCCAUAUGAUUUAACUUCAAUACUGAAGAACUUAUGUUGUACAUAAGUAAGUCUUUAGAAAUCCAUAAUAUAGAGCCACAGUAUCUUUUCUUCAAAAGGUAUCCUCAAAACUUGUGUUCUGAUCAACUUAGAAACAAUAAUAUAAUACUAGGGACAUUUUAUCUAUUAAGCAAUCUCAUCAUUUUCGACCUCCCAGCAACAUCUCAAAAAAAAAAAAAAAAAGUAACUUUCAUAAUAAAUUUUGCAUGUAAUAGAUAAUUAUGUAUGCAUAUUAUUAUAAUUCAUGAUGUUUUCUUAAGUAUAAAUUUUUUACAUAUUGAAGAUGUGUUGAUAAAUUUUCAACAUGUUUCUAAUGGUUAAAGCACAAUAUCCGCUUUUUGGGCAUAUUAUACAGUCCUUGAAUAAAAAGAGAAAUGAAAAAAAUAUGUAUCAUCAAAGCAAAACUGUUUAAUCCUCAAGUAUCCCUUG